GCCGAGUUUCGCGUUUGAGGUAUUUGUGGAAUCGCCCCCCGCCACGCACCGCUGCGCUGCUGACGAUGACCGCCGCCUUGACGUGCUUCUUCAAGGGCUGCGACGAACCUGUCUGUGAAGGGUCGAACAAGUGUCUGCGCCACAAGAAGAAAGGUAUAUGCCGCACCUCUGGCUGUUGCAACCAGGUCAACAAGCGAGGCGUGUGUGUGAAACAUGGUGCUCGUGAUGUGUGUGUGAUUCCGGGGUGCGUCAGUCUUGGACGCACCAGCGGUUUGUGUAGCAGGCAUGCAAGGCUACACCAAAAACAAUCUUACGCUGCGGCAAGCGACAUCUUGCCGCGGCGGCAUGCACAAUGCCAAGCAACAGCCUCCUUCAACUACAACUGGUUGCAAGGCCUCCAAGACAACCAACUGUGGCCACACGAAGACAUGGAGAAGUGGUGUGAUGAAGACUGGCCACUGGUUUGCCAACUCCUGGCCGCCAAAUCCGAGGCCAGCGCGUCUUUGUCCAUCGAGACGGGCAGCUUGAACGCGAUCAACUUUGGAGCUUUUGCAAGUGAUCAAGGCAGCGGUAGUCUAUCGUCCAAGGUAACACUCAGCGAUGUUUGUAUUGCGCCCAUUGGGACUGUCGCGUGUGAUGUCAACGCUUCGAUGGGUUCGGCUGUCGCCAACAACAAGACUGUCGUCGCGGAAGCAGCAGGUCCAAUCAAACCAGCGUCUUCCUCGACUUCAUGGUUGGAGUGGUGCCAGUCGAAUCCAUCGAUGCUGUUGCUCAAGGACUUUAUGACCUUUGUGGGUGUCGACGGUGAGUGUGGAAGUGCCCGUAGUCAAAGCCCCAUCGACCUUGCGGGCGGCGAUUUCGAUGGCCUCUUUGAUGCGUCGUGUGAUUUCCAGUUCGUUCCCGUCUGACAUCCACCCGCUUGCCUUGUGACCUGUGCCGGCCAUUUGCGUAUUUGUUGUAUAGUCGCCACAAAAACUGUAACAUUCUCGUGUAAUUAAGGUAUCAAAUUCAGCAGAGA